CUGCCGGCAAUAAUGUGCAAUGGACGUUAUCAUCCUGGUGGGAACUUGGAAGCCUUCUUAUAUUCGAAUAUUUGAAAAAGAAAGAAAAAAAGAAGACGCCUCCAUUACCACCAAUAUCCCUAAACCCUAUUACUCCUCUGCAACUAUUUCAUCCAUUAAAUCUUCGUUAUUCACGUCUUCAUCUUACCGCCGCUGUUCGGAACCCUACUUAGUCGUCGCUAGCGGUGCAACAGUUUGCAGCAAUGGAUGCCAAUGGGAAAGACGAUCUGAAGAUACCACUUCUGGAACCUUCCGAUGCUGUUGUACUAGAUAUUAAACCAGUUCGCAAUGUGGAUCACGGAGUCAGGACCAUUACAUUCAAAAUAGGAGGUAUGGAAUGUGCAUCAUGUUCAACAUCCAUCGAAUCUGUACUUCAGGAGCUGAACGGUGUUGAGAGCGCUAUUGUGUCGGCACUUCAAGGCCAGGCUGUCGUUAAAUACGUGCCAGAACUUGUUGGUGUAAAAGCAAUCAAAGAGGCUGUUGAAGAUGCAGGCUUUGAAGUUACCGAAUUCUCAGAGCAAGACAUUGCGGUAUGCCGACUUAAAAUUAACGGAAUGAUGUGUACAAGUUGCUCCGAGUCAGUUGAACGUGCCCUUUCGAUGGUUGAAGGUGUGAAAAAGGUGGUUGUCGGUUUAGCACUAGAAGAAGCAAAGGUAAACUACGAUCCUAAUGUUAUAAACACCGAUCGCAUAGUCGAAGCAGUUGAAGAUGCUGGAUUUGGGGCAGAACUUAUUGGUUCCGGCAAUGAUGGAAACAAAGUGCAUAUAAAGCUCGAAGGUAUCGUUUCUCCAGACAAUAUGAACAUGAUCAAGAGUUCUUUAGAGUCGUUAAAUGGUGUCAAUCAUGUUGAGAUUGACAUGGAAGAAUGUAAGGUGACUGUUGGAUACGAUCCGGAUUUGACGGGUUCAAGGUCACUUAUACAGUUCAUCCAAGAAUCGUGUCAUUAUCAGGCGAGUUUAUACGUCCCAGAAAGACGAUAUGAAACAGAGAAAAAUCAUGAGAUUAAAUUGUACAGAAAUCAGUUUUUGUGGAGCUGUUUAUUUUCUGUUCCGCUUUUAAUGUUCUCUAUGGUACUUCCGAUGAUUCCGCCUUACGGGAAUUGGUUAAACUAUAAACUUCAAAACAUGCUUACCGUUGGAAUGGUUUUAAGAUGGAUCCUCUGCACACCAGUGCAGUUCAUUAUAGGUAAAAGGUUUUACGUGGGAUCGUAUCACGCACUGAGGCGAAAAUCUGCUAACAUGGAUGUACUGGUUGCACUUGGGACUAACGCUGCAUACUUUUAUUCUGUAUACACAGUAAUAAAAGCACUGAUUUCAGACGCGUUUGAGGGACAAGAUUUCUUCGAAACUAGUACAAUGUUGAUAUCAUUUAUUCUUUUAGGCAAGUAUUUGGAGUCUAUAGCUAAAGGAAAGACAUCUGAUGCGUUAGCAAAGUUGACGGACCUUGCUCCCGACACCGCUUGUCUUUUGACAAUGGAUAACAAUGGAAAUGUCAUUUCGGAAACCGAAAUUAGUUCUCAACUAAUACAAAAAAACGACGUUUUAAAGAUUUUUCCCGGGUCGAAAUUUCCCGUUGAUGGGGUUAUUAUCGAUGGACAUGGUUAUGUGAAUGAAAGUAUGAUUACAGGAGAAGCGAUUCCAAUUGCUAAAAGCACCGGUGACAGGGUAAUUGGUGGGACAGUGAAUGAAAAUGGAUGCUUGUUGAUCAAGGUGACGCAUAUAGGGUCAGAAACUGCACUUUCGCAAAUUGUUCAGAUAGUUGAGGCUGCUCAACUUGCAAGAGCUCCUGUACAGAAGCUUGCUGAUCGGAUAUCGAGGUUUUUUGUACCUGCGGUUGUCGCAGCUGCUCUUGUGACAUGGUUAGCAUGGUAUAUUCCCGGUGCAUUAGGACUUUAUCCAAAAAGUUGGAUACCAAAGGCAAUGGAUGAAUUUGAGCUCGCACUACAAUUUGGAAUUUCGGUUUUAGUUGUGGCAUGCCCUUGUGCUCUGGGUCUAGCCACACCCACUGCAGUUAUGGUUGCAACCGGUAAGGGUGCUACACAAGGUGUCCUUAUUAAGGGUGGAAAUGCACUUGAAAAGGCACACAAGGUUAACACGAUUGUGUUUGAUAAAACGGGAACGUUGACUGUUGGAAAACCGGAAGUUGUUAGUGAUGUGCUUUUUUCUGAAAUAUCGAUGGAGGAGUUCUGUAAUUUGGCAAUUGCUGUAGAGGCAAAUAGCGAACACCCAAUAGCAAAAGCGAUUGUGGAGCAUGCGAAGAACAAACUACUUGAUCACAAAUCUCAAAUUGCAAACAAUUCAGUUGUAAAGGACUUUGAGGAGCACCCUGGAGCCGGAGUGGGGUGUAAAGUCGGAGACAAAACGGUUUUCGUCGGGAACAAGAAACUUAUGAGGUUAUCUAAUGUUUCAGUUGACCCUGAGAUCGAGAAUUAUUUUUCAGAUAAUGAAAAACUGGCACGCACGUGUGUACUAGUGGCGGUUGAUGGGAAGGUUGCUGGUGCUUUUGCGGUAACUGACCCGGUCAAACCGGAAGCUGUACAUGUGAUAUCGUUUCUCAGGUCGAUGAACGUUAACAGUAUUAUGGUAACUGGGGAUAACUGGUCAACUGCAACUGCUAUAGCGAAGGAGGUUGGGAUUGAAAAUGUUUACGCUGAGAUUGAUCCUUUGGGUAAAGCUGAUAGGGUAAAAGAUUUGCAGGCGAGAGGAAAGAUAGUUGCAAUGGUGGGAGACGGCAUAAACGAUUCACCAGCACUCGUUGCAGCCAAUGUAGGGAUGGCGAUUGGUGCAGGAACCGAUGUAGCAAUUGAAGCCGCAGACAUAGUGCUCAUCAAAAGCAACUUGGAAGAUGUGAUCACCGCCGUCGAUCUUUCAAGAAAGACAAUCGCUCGAAUCCAUCUUAACUAUGUGUGGGCCCUUGGUUACAACAUACUCGGCAUGCCUAUCGCAGCCGGAGUUCUAUUUCCGUUCACUGGAAUUCGGUUACCUCCUUGGUUGGCUGGAGCUCUCAUGGCGGCUUCUUCUAUUAGUGUGGUUUGUUCGUCACUCCUCUUGCAGACAUACAAGAAGCCAUUUACAUACUCAAAAUGAGUAAGGUAUAUUUUAGCAUGUUCCUAAGCUCCAAAUAAUAGGCUAGAAUAGUAACUAUUUUUAGCCAUUUAGUCAAAAGGUUUUACAUACUUGGAAAUUUGUAAUGUUGACUAAUUUCUACUUCCAUUUUGAUUUUGACUUCCUAUUUCUUUUGAUGUUUUAGCUUGUAAAAAAAUAAAUAGCCUUUUUCCUAUUAUAAUUAGUUUAACUUGCUAUAUUUGUAA